CAUUCACUACUGCAUUUUCACUCCAUUCACCAUGAGCAUCUUCAAUAGACAUAGGGCUAUGCUGGGUGCACUGCUUAUAUUUUGCAUAGGGUCUCUACUCACCAUGUCUGUACAUCAUCCAGUUUCUACUCACAUAUCUGACAACAGCAGUAGUAGCGGCAGUAGCAGUAGCAGUAGUAGUAACAUAAAGGAAAACAUAGGAUGGACAGUUGUCAAAUCACCAUCUGGUUCUUCAUCGUCAUCGUUGCACGAUCCAAUACAGGAAGACAAGCUCGGUACUGGUGCACCGGGAACAGAUCUUGAGAACAAUAGUGAGCUCGACAAGGCACCUAUAGACUACUCUUCCAUGUCCGUUGAUGCUCUCAAGCGACUCCUCCGUGGCACUAUUAUGGAAACAACUGAAAAUUUACUCGAUCCUGAUCGACCCAUUCGACCUAGGAGUCCAGAUUAUCCUUCAAGGCCACAAUUGUCGCAGGAAGAAGAAGCGAUUGAGGAAGAGCUACAACAGGAAAGCGAAAUUGACUAUGAGGAGGGAGAGUUGGAGCAAAGUGAUUCUAGUACAGGUGAUGAAGGGCAAGAAGAGUACUUGGAGGAGACGGAAGAGGACCAAGGGGAGGUAGCAGACGGAAUUGAGGAAGGGCUAGAGGAUGGCAUUACUGAUGACACAGAUUCUUUACAGGAUGAAGAGGAAGCAGAAUUAGAGUCAGCAAUUCCAGAUCCUCAAUAUGAAGGGAGCGACCCAAAGUCAACCAACGAAAAACAUCUACUCUCUGAUUUUGAUGUCAACAAUGUACUAUCAAGUACAGACAGCUAUCUUUUAUUUAUUCCUUCUGGAAAGACCAUUGAGGCUCAAUUCUUCUCAUUAAUCACUUCACUCUGGAUUGCAAGGCAUUCAAAUCGUACAUUGAUCAUCCCACCGCCGAUGAUGGCGCCUCCUUCUCUCAAUCACAUCUAUCCCUUUUUCGCAGGACCCAAGGGUAGAAAGCGACAACGCUGGAGCACGCUUUUUGAUUUAAGAGUCAUCUCUAACUUGCAGCCGAUAGUUUUGAUCGACAAUACACGGCCAGUAUUGCAGACGCCCUUCACUGCAGAGAUGGCCCAGGAGGAAGAGACGCCAACAGUUAAUCACCAGUCGGUUCCAUAUGAAUCGCCUGAGGAUGCAGUUGAGUUGGAUGGAACUAUAGACGCAACAACAAUAAAGUGCCAUGGUCCUCCUACUUCGAGCUCAUGGAAAGCGUUGGAUUUCGCCGGUCGACACUUUUUGAAUCGAUAUAACCUUGUCGCCAACUUUGAGGUCCUUGAUGAUUCUUAUUGGAAUUUGAAGCCAGAGGCCAUCCAGAGGAACUGGCAGGCACGGUUACAAUCUCAGCCUAAUAGUUUUGACAUGGAUGGUCGCCAUCAACAGCUGGCAUGUAUCUCAGGCGCUGAUCUUAUCGGAAUGGAGGACCCUGCUAUGGAGCAAAUGAUUUGGCAAGAGAUUGGUCUACAAAUUCCGUAUGCCGCAGGGAUUCGGCAGUUGGGAUUCCAAAGCGUAGCGCAAGCGCUGAGGGGGAUUGAGAAGGAUGGCAAAUCCAGAGGCUAUAUCGGCGUCCAUAUCGACAAAUUACCUUCUGAAGAAUCCUGUCGCCUCAAAACAACUCCCAGCUGGGCCUCAUCAUGUCAAUGGACGGUCAAUCAGAUCGCCAAGCGGAUUGCUCUUCUCCAGCGGACUGAGGCAGGACCAAGACCUGUGGUCGUAACCACGACAGAGACAGAUCCAGAUGUGCUGACCAGGAUCGAUCAGCAACCAGGAUGGUUUCGUAUCAGCGAGGAAGAUAAUGUCGAUGGCCUGUUUGAUAUGUCAAAUGAUGAUUUGGGAGGAUAUGCGGCUGCAGUAGCACGAUCCCAUGUGAUAGCCAACAGUGCUGUGUUUGUGGGUAGUCGUGAAUCAGCGACCUCAGUCCACGUCGCGUUCCGGAUCAAGAAUGAAGGUCGUUUCAAGCAAACAAUCCCACGGUGGGAACUGUAUUAAACUCAGUUUUAAUUGUAAUAAAAUUUAUAGAAGACAAGCAUCAUGGAAUUAAAAGAAAAA